UAACUACAGCAGAAGGAACAGGAAGUUAAGUUUCACAUCUGACACGUUCUCUCUCACUGACUUUCAAUUGAGAGGCACUGAUGAGAGCUUUAAUAAUCCUGAGUGAUGACCACAAUUAUCCUGAAACUCAUCCUUUUGACAGAGUGCUUUGGCUACUUGGCAAAUGGUACCAAUGAAUUAACAAUCAGUCAGACACCAUCAGAAAUUAAGGUAUCCACUGGAAUGUCAGCUGAAAUUACCUGUUCCUGGAAAAACAAUGAGACGGUUGAACGGUUUAGAGUAACCUGGAAAAUACAACAUCUCACCUGUAAAGAGGGCACCAGCAGAGAGCUAUCAUCAAAACUUUACUACACAGCCAAUGCCACACACAAGGAUAAGACAGUGUUAAAGAUCGAAGUUGUGAAAAAAAAUGACACUGGAAAUUACUUCUGUGAGAUAACUACGGAAAUACCUUUCAUGAAAAAAGGGCUGGGAAAUGGAACAACUCUGAUUGUUGAAGAGAAAGAAGCUGGAUCAAUGGAAAACUAUCAUUUUAUGGCAAUUCUAGCCAUCUUUCCUUUCCUAAUAUCAGGCGGCUGUUUCUAUCUCUGUUACAAAAAGCAGCAGAACUCAAAAAACUCUGUUCCAGAGAGAAGGACCCAUGAGGAACAGACACUUCAGGUUACUGAAUUGGAUGAAGGAAAUGAGAUAAAUGAAGCAGAGGAGAGAAAUUCUUCUUCCUCCAACUCAUCAGAAUGGGCUAUUUCCACACUUUAUGAGUCCCUUGAUUAUUUUGCAAUGAAGCAAGAUGAAGAUAAAGAUCAAGACAACAAACACUCUGUCACUUUUGCAUCAAAUGCAGAAGAUUAGUAAAUCUCAUGACUAACAGCAACAGCUGGGAAAUCUAGAAGAUUUGAGGAAAACAGCAAGGACCCUCCAUCCACUUUGACAUUCCAGAUUUGAAAGUUCAUAUAAUUAAUGAGAGACAGAUAAAACUGGCAAGGCCAGUGAUUACAAUAGCAUAAUUUGCUUCUUGAUCUCCCAGCGUGCAACCGAAAUGCAGUGAAGUCUGUUUGCUUCUCCCUGGCACACCAUUGUGACAGUGAAGCGAGUAUGGUACGAGAAGUAAGGUUGGUUCAAAAUAAUGGAGAAAAGUAUUUUUGUUAUUGACUUUCAUGCAAAAUUCCCGGAGUCUUUUGUUGUUGCUGUUUUAAAAGUUUGAUAUCUCCCUAUAUGCUUGGGGGGUUAUUGUCAUGUAGUGGCUUCUCUACCCCCAGUUCCUAGUGUGCAGGAGUAAACAUAGCGAUGUGCAAUCAUUCUGUAAGCAUUUGCCAGACUGAAUACCAUUGAACCAUUAAAAGUGUUGCUUCAGGCAAUGGACAAUACAUGAUGGUUUAGAGGAAGGUGGAGAAAAACCCCACACUGAUAAUCACCCAGAUAGUUGGGCAAUACUGUGCAUAGGAUGAAAUCCUUCCUGACCACUGAGGGGGAUCACCAGAUGCACUGAAGCAUGAGAUUUCAUUAACCUAUCUUAGCAUGAGUGAGUUUGCAGGACAGCAUGACAUCCUAUAUAGAAUAUGACAGUUAAUGUAUUAAAGAAGCUAGCUAGAGCCUUUCUGAGUAAAGUUAUUCUCCUACGUAUGCUAAAUAUUAUCUCACAGUUUAAAUAUUAUACAUAAUAAAAGCUAAUUAUAACCCACUUUGUGGGGAUAAGAUUUGGGGUGCUGCCGGUUUUCUCCCACUCCGACAACCUCAAAAAUAAGCACUGAAAAAUUGUCCAAAAACUAAACACAAGAUUAAAAACUGACUUCCUAAGGAGGCAAACAUUAACAGCAAACAUACGCAGCGGCUAAUAUUUUAGGCUUAUUGAAAACAAGAGAAAGUGGCUGAAACAUCAGCGUGUUUGUAUAGCAAUCACUUUUGUCUGCUGUUAAGGUUCAUUCUGUGGACAGGUGGCCAGUGGAUUAUUUUCCCAACAGUGGGCACAGGUAAGCAGACUUCUUCAUUAUGUAAGAGAGUGCUGAUCCAGACGGUCCUGGAGGGUGCCAGCAAACACAGACUGGCUUUUCCAAACUGUCCAGGAAUGGCUCUGACACUAAAUGUAAUUCUGUAUCUUUUCAGUGAAUAUGGAAUGGGUUCCAAGUAUUUUCUGUGUGUAGCUAAAUGUGUAGAGUGAGAGAGACAGUGUGUCAAUUGGCAACAGUGCAUCUCUCUGUCUAUCAGUAAAUCUAAAUCUAUCUGUA